AUGGGUAAUGACAUAAGUAACGACAUGGGUAAUGACAUAAGUAACGACAUGGGUACUGACAUAAGUAACGACAUGGGUAAUGACAUAAGUAACGACAUGGGUACUGACAUAAGUAACGACAUGGGUAAUGACAUAAGUAACGACAUGGGUAAUGACAUAAGUAACGACAUGGGUACUGACAUAAGUAACGACAUGGGUACUGACAUAAGUAACGACAUGGGUACUGACAUAAGUAACGACAUGGGUAAUGACAUAAGUAACGACAUGGGUAAUGACAUAAGUAACGACAUGGGUAAUGACAUAAGUAACGACAUGGGUAAUGACAUAAGUAACGACAUGGGUAAUGACAUAAGUAACGACAUGGGUACUGACAUAAGUAACGACAUGGGUAAUGACAUAAGUAACGACAUGGGUACUGACAUAAGUAACGACAUGGGUACUGACAUAAGUAACGACAUGGGUACUGACAUAAGUAACGACAUGGGUAAUGACAUAAGUAACGACAUGGGUACUGACAUAAGUAACGACAUGGGUACUGACAUAAGUAACGACAUGGGUAAUGACAUAAGUAACGACAUGGGUACUGACAUGGGUAAUGACAUGGGUACUGACAUAAGUAACGACAUGGGUAAUGACAUAAGUAACGACAUGGGUAAUGACAUAAGUAACGACAUGGGUAAUGACAUAAGUAACGACAUGGGUACUGACAUAAGUAACGACAUGGGUACUGACAUAAGUAACGACAUGGGUAAUGACAUAAGUAACGACAUGGGUAAUGACAUAAGUAACGACAUGGGUAAUGACACAAGUAACGACAUGGGUAAUGACAUAAGUAACGACAUGGGUAAUGACAUAAGUAACGACAUGGGUAAUGACAUAAGUAACGACAUGGGUAAUGACAUAAGUAACGACAUGGGUAAUGACAUAAGUAACGACAUGGGUAAUGACAUAAGUAACGACAUGAGUACUGACAUAAGUAACGACAUGGGUAAUGACAUAAGUAACGACAUGGGUAAUGACAUAAGUAACGACAUGGGUAAUGACAUAAGUAACGACAUGGGUAAUGACAUAAGUAACGACAUGGGUAAUGACAUAAGUAACGACAUGGGUAAUGACAUAAGUAACGACAUGGGUAAUGACAUAAGUAACGACAUGGGUAAUGACAUAAGUAACGACAUGGGUACUGACAUAAGUAACGACAUGGGUAAUGACAUAAGUAACGACAUGGGUACUGACAUAAGUAACGACAUGGGUACUGACAUAAGUAACGACAUGGGUAAUGACAUAAGUAACGACAUGGGUACUGACAUAAGUAACGACAUGGGUACUGACAUAAGUAACGACAUGGGUACUGACAUAAGUAACGACAUGGGUAAUGACAUAAGUAACGACAUGGGUACUGACAUGGGUAAUGACAUGGGUACUGACAUAAGUAACGACAUGGGUACUGACAUAAGUAACGACAUGGGUAAUGACAUAAGUAACGACAUGGGUACUGACAUAAGUAACGACAUGGGUACUGACAUAAGUAACGACAUGGGUACUGACAUAAGUAACGACAUGGGUAAUGACAUAAGUAACGACAUGGGUACUGACAUGGGUAAUGACAUGGGUACUGACAUGGGUACGGACAUGGGUACUGACAUGGGUAAUGACUUGGGUACUGACAUUUGUUGUGGAAAGUAA